AUUUCGGAUUCAUGUGGACUGGUGUUAGAUGACAAACCGGAAAAGGUCACUGAAGCCAUGCUACUUUUCUUGCAAGGAUUGGGAUUAUUUCCAACGUUGAAUGUUUUGAACCUGAUGAGAAAAAUGUCAAGCGCACAAGCUGGUUACAACGUCGGAGAGGAGCAACCGUCAGUGGUGGAUAUAAAUGAGGUAAAUGCGGAGGUGCAGAGCACUUAA